AUGCACCAACUCCAGACUCCCAUGGUAACCACUGCUCUCUACAAGAGUUGCGUGGACCGCAUGGUCUCAUACAGGGCGGUUGUCAAGACAAUCAGCACCACAAACGAAACAGUCUUCAAAGCACGGUCACCAAGAUGGGCGAAGCCAACCACCAACCCGAUCCCCAUGCCAUUCAAGUCAGAACGCCAACAGCUACUAUCCGACCUGGAGCAGCUCAUCAUUCUCACGAUCCUUAACGAUGACAAUGAAGGAACAGAGGAUGCAAUCGCGCUGUACCACCCUGUUGAUGAGUCGCGCUAG